CGGCUAUUAAAUUUCUCAAAGCAUUUUGUGACUCAGAAGCUUCCAGGUCGAGAUAGCCAGACACCCGUAUUAUAUCUCUCAGGCCGCAGAAACCGCUAUCCCCAGGCCACCACCGAGACUGACCAUGGCACUUGUCGUCAUCUCGGGCUUUCCUUGUGCUGGCAAGACCACGCGUGCUAUCGAGAUCAAGGAAAUGCUCGAGUCAAGAUUACAAGAGGACGAUUCUACAACGAUAAAGGAUGUUGUCAUUGUUAACGACGAGCUUCUUGGAGUCCAUCGUUCAAGUUACAAUGAUAGUAAAUCGGAGAAGGUCGCACGUGGGCACCUUUUAUCUCACACUAUUCGCCAUUUGAGCAAGGGUCGCAUAGUGUUGUGUGAUGGUAUGAACUACAUCAAAGGCUUCCGCUAUCAAUUGUAUUGUGCCGCGAGGGAAGCUGGUGUACGAAACUGCACGGUUCAUGUAGCUGCCGUCCCGUCGGACUGCAUCUCUCGAAACGCCAACUUAUCUGACGAGGCUCAGUAUGAAGAGCAAACGAUUGGAAAUUUGAUUUCUCGCUUUGAAGAACCAAACGGCAGCACGCGCUGGGACAGUCCUUUGGUAGUUUUUCCGUGGUGUGACUCACUUUUGGCAUCACAUGACGGGAGUGCUGACGGACUAGCUGGCAAUCUGGAAGGCUUGCGUGUGAUUGACGAAUGCCAGGCGCCGUCGGAUGAGAUUUCCCCAGCGGCCCGUCAACCGAAACUUCAUGCAACGAAAACCGAGAGCGCAGGUACCCAGCUUCUUCUUAUUUUACCUUUCAUAAUGUACUGAGUCACUGAUGGUUAGAAUUGGUCUUGAUGAACUCUAUCUGUCGUGUGGUGAUAUCACAAGAUACCGUUACAAUGAAGUCAUGGUCUAGUAUCGGAAAUGAUAUCUGGAUAGCUGUCACGCGCGGGGAUUUGAAACCAGCAACUGCAGCAGUCAAGGCGGCCACUCGGACGUCAACAAACUUCCUCCAUCUUUUAGAAUCAACCACAUCAAGCCUCAUUUCAGAACUCCUCACAAAUCUUCAACAAUCCCCUAAUCCUUAUGGGACAAUCACAUUCCCAUUCCAGAUACCACAAUCUUCACGGACCAAACUGGUGUCCAUCAAAAUCCCUAUGGGCAAAACUGUCAACUUGGGCACUCUACAACGACUCAGACGUCAGUAUACGACCUUACAGAAACAAGCCAAUUUUGCUGGCCGAGGCAAUAAGGAUGGUGAAGUUGAGGAGAUGAUCGAUGGGUUUGUGCUAUAUCUACAAGGUACACUGUAGUGAUUUGAGUUGCAUGCUACAUUGAUUGAAAUUCAAGUCUCUAGAAGG